AAGUGCGCCGGUAGGAGCGGAAGUGCACGCGGACAGUGGACGGCAGCGGCUCCGCGAUGGUGGGGGGCGGCGGCGGCGGGGUAGGGGGCGGCCUCCUGGAGAAUGCCAACCCACUCAUCUACGAGCGCUCUGGAGAGCGGCCCGUGACCGCAGGCGAGGAGGACGAGCAGGUUCCCGACAGCAUCGACGCGCGCGAGAUCUUCGAUCUUAUUCGCUCUAUCAAUGACCCAGAGCAUCCACUGACGCUAGAGGAGUUGAAUGUAGUAGAGCAAGUCCGGGUUCAGGUUAGCGACCCGGAGAGCACAGUGGCUGUGGCCUUCACACCCACCAUUCCGCACUGCAGCAUGGCCACCCUUAUUGGCCUAUCUAUCAAGGUCAAGCUUCUUCGCUCCCUUCCCCAGCGUUUCAAGAUGGACGUGCACAUUACACCUGGGACCCAUGCCUCAGAGCAUGCAGUGAACAAGCAGCUUGCAGAUAAGGAGCGGGUGGCAGCUGCCCUGGAGAACACCCACCUCCUGGAGGUUGUGAAUCAGUGCCUGUCAGCCCGCUCCUGAGUCUGGCUUUUACCCCCUGGCUUGCACACCAGUGUCCUGGCUCACGGCCUUGUUUUCUUGAAUCACUGACAAUGAGAAACUAACAUUUUGCAUUUUGUAAUAAACUUUUAAUUUAUAUUCCUUUCCCAGCA